AAUUUUUCAUGGUUGUUGCAGCUGGUCCUAAUUAAAAUGCAGUCAUAGUCCAGCCAUAUUAAAAUUUGUAUGGUUAUUAUAGCUAGUCCUUUGCAGCAUCUAUAUAUUACCUCUCAUAACUUGAAACUGCCAACCCAAUCCAUCCUCCUCCUCCUCCUCCAACCAUGUCGGACUCAUUCUCCUAUUCAUCCUCCAACUCAGAUGACCUAGACCCAUCUAAAGUUCUAGACAAGUACAUUUCUGAGCAGAAUGUACUAGGCUCAUUUGCUUCUCGAAUCAUAGAGAAGAUGAAGGGUAGGUUUGGAGCUGGGCGUUUGAAGCGCCAAGGUGGAACAAUUAAGACAAUUCGUAGGGAUCAUGUAGAUGCCCACAGCCGUUUGGUGGCUGAUUAUUUUGCAGAACAUCCGUUGUACCCAGAGCGGAUGUUUCGCACAAGGUUCCGCAUGCAUAAGCCACUCUUUUUACGUAUUGUUGAAGCCUUAAGUCAGUGGUCACCGUACUUUACUCAAAGGGGAGAUUGCUCUGGUCACACCAGCCUCUCUCCACUUCAAAAGUGCACAGCAGCACUUCGUAUGUUAGCAUAUGGCACACCUGCUGAUGCACUAGAUGAAUAUUUAAAAAUUGGCAAGAGCACAGCCUUAGAAUGCUUAGAAAUGUUUUCACGAGGGGUGAUUGUGGUCUUUGGUGGGACGUACUUGAGACGCCCCACAAGGGAGGAUGUAGAGCAUAUAUUACAUGUUAACGAGUCUCGUGGAUUUCCGGGUAUGCUAGGUAGUAUUGAUUGUAUGCACUGGAGGUGGGAAAGUUGUCCGAGGGCUUGGAGGGGUCAAUUCACCCGUGGUGAUUACAAAGUCCCAACAAUUAUCCUCGAAGCAGUUGCUUCACACGACCUAUGGAUUUGGCAUGCCUUCUUUGGUGUCGCUGGUUCUAACAACGACAUCAACGUGCUGAAUCAGUCCCCUCUUUUCCUUGACACAGUAAGAGGUGAGGCUCCUCGGGUCCAUUAUUAUGUCAAUGGGGAAGAGUACAACCAUGGGUAUUACCUAGAUGAUGGUAUAUACCCUGAAUGGGCUGUAUUCCAGAAGACUAUACCACUUCCACAAAUAGAGAAGCAUAAGUUAUAUGCUGAACAUCAAGAGGGGGCGAGGAAAGAUGUGGAGCGGGCUUUCGGGGUAUUGCAAGCUCGUUUCAACAUUGUACGUCGUUCAGCAAAGAAAUGGAAGAGAAAGAGUAUUGGAAAUACCAUGCUAGCUUGCGUGAUUCUCCACAAUAUGAUUGUUGAAGACGAGGGCGAGGAUGCAAUAUGUGACCUAGACCUCAAUAGAAUUCCUAGGACAUCAAUAGUACUGCCUCCAGAAGUAACCAGUGGUGGUAACCCAUGUUUUCGUGAUGUGCUAAGUAGGAAAGCUGCUAUUCGUGCUCGUUCGAUGCAUACCCAGCUUAAAACUGAUUUAAUUGAGCACAUUUGGAACCGGUUCCGGAAUAUGCAGCGUGCAUAA